GCGCUGGCAAGGCAGAUGCAGCAACCAGCGCCGAUGCCGAAUCCUGGAAAGAGACCACCCAUCACUUCGCAUGUCCUGGACUGUGGAGUUGGAAGACCAGCCGCCGACCUCCUCGUCGUCCUCGAGCAGAAAGUUGCGAACCAAUGGCAGGAGAUCGGUCGAGACAAAACCAACUCUGAUGGAAGGUGUCCUAAGCUCCUCUCUGUGGACCACAAGCUGCAGCCAGGGAUCUACCGCUGCACGUUCGACACGGCAGGAUAUUAUGCUGCAAGUGGAGGGACUUGCUUCUACCCUGAAGUCACCAUCGCCUUUGAGAUCGUCAAUGUCAACGAGCACUAUCACAUCCCUCUACUGCUGAAUCAGUAUGGCUACAGCACGUACCGAGGCAGUUAACUAGUUUACAUGGCUCCUUGGCUGGCGAGGAUGGACAGCAUUGCGUCGGACUGCACGAGGGAAUGAGGUCGAGGAUCGAAGAGGCAGGAAACGUACCGAUUGGGAGAGAGGGAUAGCCUCCGUUCUGAGGUCCAGCGCUGCAAGGAAGCCCUCUCUCUCUUUCGCUACCACUGACAUCUGCAACAACAGAAUAAACAACUCUGAUCGUGUC